CACGUCGUUUGUCAGUAGUCUUCAACCGGUUCUAUACAAAACAUAACUCAAUCACAUUGUGCAUUCGUUAGACUGUUUCACAUCGAAAUCGAACCUUUUUGAAAACAAAAUUACUGCUGAACAUAAAUCGAAUUUCAAUGGCAACAGUAAAACAAUUUUCCACCAAAAGUAUGGCUGAAGUGACGAAAAAAUUGUACUUGAAUGAAGAAACGGCUGAUGUACAUUUUGCGUUUGAAAUCGACGGUGACGAGCAACGUGUGGCAGCGCACAAAAAUAUAUUGGCAUUGGGUAGUCCAGUUUUUUAUGCAAUGUUCUACGGUCCGCUCAAAGAAAAGGGUGACGUCAAAAUUCGGGAUGCUUCCAUGAAUGGUUUUAUGGAUUUUUUGACCAUUUUCUACAUGGAAGAGGUAAAAAUCACCACCAACAAUGUUGCGGAAUUUAUUGAUUUGGCCAACAAAUAUGAUAUGCCCGAAGGAAUGAAAAUUUGCGAAGAAUUUCUCUUGGAAAAUACCAAAGUCGUUGAUUUGUGUAAGCAUUAUGCAUUGGCGGUUAAAUUUAAUCUCAAUAACCUACUGAAGAAAUGCGAGUGUGGAAUUAGAGAAAACGCCACGGAAGUUUUCAAAUCGAAUGAUUUCAUCAACAUUUCAAAAAAAGUGCUUGAAUUGAUUUUAAAGUUGGAUAAUUACAAUUGCUUCGAGGCGGAUAUAUUCAAUGCGUGUGUUGCUUGGGCCAAAAAUGCAUGUGAAGAAAAUGAAACUGAUGCAACCGAAAAACAAAGUCUUCGUCAAAGUCUGGGUGAAUGCUUUUAUUUGAUUCCAUUUACUACAAUGAAAAUUGCCGCUUUCUCGAAAGUUGUUUUUGCCAAUAAAACACUUUUCACUCUCGACGAAGUAGCCGAUAUUAUGGCACUCAUUAUGACCGGUGAAUCAACUGAAGUGUCAACGAAAUUUAUGAAAAAUCGAGAUGCAGUUGAAGUAUUCAAUUGGGAUGAUGAAUAUAUAAUCGAAUGCGAUCGAGAUGGCAAUCAAGAAUAUGAAGAAGAAUCGGAUAAAGAAGAAAGAAAGAGAUUGGAUGAAGAAGGAAAGGGCACAUUGAUUUCGCGUGAUGAAUAUACAACAUUUACUGCAAGUGAGAAAAUGUUAUUUGGUGGAUUUCGAUUUGUUGAUUUCAAGAAUGUAACCAAUGUAACCAAUGCCGGCAACGAUCUAUCAGCUACGAUAAAAAUUACUAAGCAAAUUGAUAACGUUUACGAAUUGAUGGAAAAAAUUCAAUUGUGUGUUUAUGCGGAUAAAAAGACAACCAAACCAAUUGACAUCAAAUUGGAAAAGCCAAUCAUUAUUACACCACGAGUGAAAUAUAACAUUCAUGUCGACUUUUCUAACAACGCCACUACGAAAGAUCUAGUUGAUGGAUUUGAAUAUGUGCGCGAGUACAUUUCACCAUAUCCACAAAUUGUCGACGAAGAUAUUUUCAUCGAAUUUCACACACACCCCGAAAGUGAAUACGGAACAGAUUAUAGCAUCAUUUCACAGUUGUAUUUCAAUCGAUUAUAAAUAUUUUUAUGGUUUUGAACAAAACCCGUUAUCGUUCAAUUGAAACAAAGCAAAAUAAACGCACAACAUUAUUCAUAAAAUAUAAUUUUGCAAUGAUGAUUGUGUAAAAAUGCAACAUAAUCCAAACUAAACGAAUGAAAUACGAUUCUUUCUACAAUAUCCUGAAUGUUUAUUCAGAAUAAGCAGAAAAUUAAAAGAAAAAAAAACACAUCGAAAUUAUUUACUUAUAAGCCUUUGCGUAUACACAAUCCAUAUAUAUAUGUUUUAUAAAAAAAUAAACAAUUAAUACAAUACACAUUACCAAAUUAAGAAUGAAAUAUCACUCUCAG